GCCCGCUCUAUCGCUACCGCCAUGACCAAGACGCACGCACCGUUCGGCAGCUGGCCCUCCCCGAUCACGACCGACCUCGUCCUCUCGUCGGCCGUCUCGCUCGGAGACCUCGUCGUCUCCCCCACCUCUCGCGCUCUCGCCUGGACCGAGGGCAGGCCAGAGGAGAAGGGCCGCAGCGCACUCGUCUUCCAGCAGCUCGGCGGCAAGCAGGACCAGGUCCUCCCCGACCCAAAGUGGAACGCGCGCACCAGGGUCCACGAGUACGGUGGAGCACCAUGGACGUUCGAGAGCGACAAGUCGAUCAUCUUCUCGUCGUUCGAGGGACCCGCAUACCGCGUCGAGCGAGGUGACGACGGCGCCUGGAGCCAGCCCGAGCAGUUCACGCCAGAGAGCUCCGUCCUUCGUUUCGCCGACUUUGCGCCGCACCCGUCUCAGCCCGGCGUCACGCUCGCCGUCGUCGAGGACCACACCAAGGACACGCCCUCGACGGUCGUCAACACCCUCGGCGUCAUCUCGAGCUCGUCGGGCAAGGGCAAGGUCGACACGGUCGUGUCGGGCGCCGACUUUUAUGCCUCGGCUCGUUGGUCGCCCUCGGGCAAGUACCUGUGCUGGAUCCAGUGGAACCACCCCGACAUGCCCUGGGAGGGGAGCGAGCUCUGGGUCGCCCCUGUCGCGCUCGACUCGUCCGGCGCCGUCAACACGGCGCAGCUCGUCAAGCCUGGUUCGGCCGUCAAGGUCGCCGGUGCGGCCAAGAACGUCGAGAGCGUGAGCCAGCCGCGGUGGGCCCUGUCGAGCGAAGACGGCGCGCCCGAGAAGCUCGUGUUCCUGAGCGACCGCACUGGCUUCUACGAGCUGUACUCGUUCGAGCCCGAGGGCGACAAGGACGUCAAGCUCGUCCUCAACGAGCCGUCUGGCGCCGACGUCGGCAGCCCCGACUGGAUGCUCGGCCAGUCGACGCACGGCCCGCUCUCGCCCUCGACCUGGAUCUCGACCGCCAGUGGCGGCGCUUUGCGCGUCAUCUCGCUCGCCGAUGGCACCUCGUACCUCGUCCCGACCCCCUGCGUCUCGAUUUCGACCCUGCGCGUCGUGUCGCCAGCCGAGGUCGUCGUCCUCGCCUCUCCCGCCGCCACGCCAUCCCUCAUCUCCCUCCUCACGCUCCCGUCAUCGUCAUCCUCGGCCAAGGCCGGCGUCAAGGAGGAGAUCCUCAAGCUCUCGUCGUCGGCCUCGGUCGACUCGUCCUUCGUCCCCGAGGGCAGCAAGAUCUCGUACUCGACGCCGGACGGCUCGACGGCGUACGCCAUCUUCUACCCGCCGUCGUCGGGCUCGCACGCCGGCCCCGAGGGGGCGACGCCGCCGCUCGUCACGCACUGUCACGGCGGGCCGACCUCGGCCGCUCGGCGCGGGCUCGACUGGACCGUCGCCUUCUUUACCUCGAGGGGCUUCGCCUACGUCGACGUCGACUACGGCGGGAGCAGCGGGUACGGCAAGGACUUCCGGGAGCGCCUUGCGGGCCAGUGGGGCGUCGUCGACGUCAACGACACGAUCGCGUGCGUCGAGCACCUCGUCAAGGAGGGCAAGGUCGACAAGGACAAGGUCGCCAUCACGGGCGGCUCGGCAGGCGGCUUCACCGUUCUCGCGGCCUUGACCGACAGCAAGGUCUUCACGGCGGGCUGCUCCAGCUACGGCAUCUCGGACCUUGCCCUCCUCGCCGACGACACGCACAAGUUCGAGUCGAACUACCUGUUCAAGCUCCUCGGCGGCACGCCCGACGAGGCCUCGCAGAUCACGGCGCCGCUCCUGCUCCUCCAGGGCUCCGAGGACCGCGUCGUGCCGCCCGCUCAGGCCCAGGUCAUGCUCGACCGCAUCCACGCCAACGGCGGCGUCGCCGAGAUGAUCCUCUUUGACGGCGAGGGGCACGGGUUCCGUCAGAAGGAGAACCGCAAGAGGGCGAUGGAGAAGGAGCUCGAGUGGUACAGGAAGACGUGGGGGAUCGAGGAGAAGGCGUAGAACGAGGAGCCGGGCGAGACGAGCCAGAGCAACUAUAGCAGUACUUUCCCUCUC